AUGGAUCUUUAUGUAAAUCUGACCUCACCCCCAUGUCAUGCCGCUGUUAUGACUGCCAAGGCCCUUGGUAUCGAAUUGAACAUAAAAGUAUUGGAUCUAUACGCUGGAGAACAUAUGACCCCUGAAUAUUUAAAAUAUAAUCCCCAACAUACCAUACCCACCCUGGUUGAUGGUGACUUUUCCAUAUGGGAGUCGCGAGCCAUAAUGGUUUACCUGGUGGAACAGUAUGGUAAAGAAAAUGAUCCCCUGUAUCCAAGUUGCCCUAAGAAAAGAGCUCUUAUUAAUCAACGUCUACACUUCGAUAUGGGAACCUUAUAUCGCUAUCUCUACGAUUACUUCCAUUAUCAGCUAAAGGAUAAGACCCCACCAAAUCCAGAAGAUUACAAGCAAAUGGAAGCAGCUUUAGAGAAAUUCAAUGCCAUGUUAGAGGGCUACAAAUAUGCAGCAGGUGAUGAAUUAACUGUGGCUGAUUUGUCUUUACUGGCCACAAUGACCACUUAUGAGGUGGCUGGUUUUGAUUUCGCCAAAUAUCCCAAUAUUCAGAGAUGGUAUUCAAUGAUUAAAUUCUCAGCACCAGGUGCUGAUGAGAAUUGGGCAAAUAGUUUGAGAUUGAAGGAGAUGUUGGAUACACUUAAAAAAUGA